AUGAUUUCAAGAUAUUUAAUUUCUAUACGUAAUAUUCCAUGGACUGUUUCUCAUUCCCAGCUUGAAGGAUACUUCUCAGCAUUUGGUAAUGUGAAAACUGCAAAAGUUAUAUUUGACAAAUAUGGUUUAAGCACAGGUUAUGGAUUUGUAGAAUUUUAUGAUAAACUAGUAGUAACCUCUGUACUUAGUAAAGAUCAUAUUUUGGAUGAUGGAAAAUUAUCUAUUACUGAAGGUCUUAAAUAUUUGCAUGAAGACCCUGUUAAACAGUUUGUAGAGAAACACAUAUUAGAUGCUGAUAGGCAAUGAAAUUAUAUGCACAGUGAAUAUACACAAAAUACAGACAAUAAAAAAAAUAAUCACAAUUAAUAUAAAUCCUAUUAUUGACCAACCCUUUGAUCAUAGUUUAUUAAAGUAAAUAAUAUAAACAACAUCAAAAUGAGUCUUGAAAA